AGGUCACAUUCCCUGUUAAUUCUACCUACAAAACCCGUUAAACACGUAUGCGUUCUCGCAGGUAAGAUGCUUCCACGCGCGCUGCGUCGGCCCUCCGCCUUCAGUCCGCGUUUUCCACCAGAAGGUCGCCUCUCCCCGCACACGCACACAUAAAGCCAAGCAUGAGCCUGCAGGUGCUGAGCAAGAAGCUGGCCUCGCGCGCCGUGGCCCCCACGCUCGCGCGCGCCGUGAGCACCGAGAACUACUCGGCCACGCAGGCGGCGCUGGGCCGCCCCAUCUCGCCGCACGUGGAGAUCUACGCGUUCCCCGUGACCGCCAUCUCGUCCAUCGCCAACCGCUUCUCGGCCGUGGGCAUGUCGUGCGCCUUCGUGGGCGGCAGCGCGCUGGGCUUCGUGGGCGCCGACGUGCCCGCGCUCAUCCACCUGGCGCAGGACUCGAUCCCGCUCUUCGCGCCGGUCUCCAAGGCGCUCGUGGCCUUCCCCGUGAGCUACCACCUGCUCUGCGCGGCGCGCCACAGCCUCUGGACUUACAAGCCCGAGCUCAUCAACAACAUCGACGGCGCCAAGAGCAGCUACGCCAUCUUCGCCGCCGCGGGCGUCAUCACGCUGGGCGCCACCGCUAUCACCAUCAAGGCUCCGGAGGAGGAGAAGCCCGCCGCCGCCCAGUAGUUUGCUCAUCCCGAGUGUCUCGUUGCUGCCGGUCGCACGCGCACGCACCCGGGGCGGCGCCAGUGGCGGAUUAGACGAACACGCUGGCAAUGGCUGAAU